ACUAAACUGUUUAUAUUUCUCUGUUUCCGUUCGCCUCAGAGAAAAACCGCUAAAACCCUGGAUUCUAGGGUUUUCCAUUUUGAUCUUCACUACACACUCAGUUUUUUCUAAUUUCCCUCCAUUUCUUGCUUUCAAUUAAAUUACAGUUAAAACUCAGUUCUACUCAUUUCUAUUAUGCUGUUAAUCACACUAUUUGAGCCAAAUCUUCUGCUAGAUUAAAAAAAAAUGAUGCGAAUUGCAUUUUUGGUAGUUUUUAUCCUCUUUGUCGAGGAAACGGCGUCGCAUUUGAGCUCUGGACCUCACAUUGCAGAUGUGAAUAUACUCUUGCCUCCUAAAAUGACUCAUCCUGUUGAGUAUCGCCUUCAAGGCAGUGAUGGCUGCUUCAAAUGGUCAUGGGAUCACCAUGAUUUUUUAUCUGUCCUACCUGAAUAUAAUAUAAGCAGCCACUGUUCCACGAGUGCACGGUUGAGAUCAAUUGCAUCUUUUAGUGGUAGAAAGGAAACUGCAGUUUAUGCUGCUGAUGUCAAUUCAGGAAUUGUUAUUCGUUGCAAGGUUUUUAUUGACAACAUUUCCAGAGUUCAGAUAUUCCAUAAUUCUAUUAAACUGGAUUUGGACGGAUUAGCUACUUUGCGUGUUCGUGCUUUUGAUAAUGAAGAUAAUGAGUUCUCAUCAUUAGUGGGUCUGCAAUUCAUGUGGCAUCUAUUACCAGAAACUGGUGAACAAUCUCACCACCUUGCUCAUGUUCCUCUGAAGGAUUCUCCUUUAAGUGACAGUGGCGGUCUAUGCGGUGAUUUAAACAUCCGAAUAAAACUUGAAGAUAGUGGUGUAUUUUCGGAUUUGUAUGUGGUUAAAGGGGUUGAUAUUGGCCAUGAAAAUGUUUCUGUGCAUUUGCUUGAGCCUCAAAGCACGCGCAUGGCUGAUGAGGUUGUUUUAACAGUAGCAGAAGCAAUGUCACUUGAGCCUCCUUCUCCUGUUUAUGUUCUCAUUGGUGCUGCUCUUCAAUACAAUCUUAAAAUUAUUCGUGGAAAUAUCCCACAAGUGGUAGCUCUACCAUCUCCACAUCAUAUUUGGUCCAUUUCAAACUCCUCUUUGGCUGAGGUGGACUCUGUUAUGGGUUUUGCUCGUGCACGGAACCUAGGGGCAACAACAGUUAUUGUAGAAGAUAAUAGAGUUGCUGGCCACAUACAAAUGUCUUCACUGAAUAUUGUACUACCAGAAAGUUUACAUUUUUUUAUAAUGCCAUUGUCCAUUUCUGGUGAUCCUGUUGAAGAGAUGAAAGCCAUCUCAUCUACGGAGAUUUGGUAUGUUGUUUCUGGUCGUAAGUAUCUUAUUCAAAUGAAGGUUUUCUCACGGGGACCUGUUGCACAUGAAUUAUACAUUACAGAGAGUGAUGAUCUUAAGCUGCAUGAUGAGCAGUCAGAUCAUUGGACAACUUUUAUGCUGUCAGAGGAUGUUGAGGCCAAUUAUGGCUGGAAAAAUUAUAGAAUCCUCAGAGCAACCUCACCGGGACUUGGAGAAUUGACAGCUUCUUUAACUUAUUCUGUUAGGCACCAGGGGGAAAAGGAGGUUAUUCACAAUGUGCAAGAGAUAAUUGUUUGUGAUCAAGUCGUGUUGAGUUUGGAUAGGACAAGUAGCGCAUCCCAGUAUAUUCUCCUUCCCUGGGCUCCUGCCAUUCAGCAGGAGUUGGAACUAAAGGCUGCUGGAGGUUGUGCAAAAGAAUUCGGUGAUUACAAAUGGUUUUCUUCUGAUGCCGCAACUGUAUCAGUAUCUGCAUCUGGGGUUGUUCAGGCAAAGAAGCCUGGUAAAGCAACAAUCAGAGUAGUUUCCGUUUACGACUCCUUCAAUUACGAUGAGGUUGUCGUUGAGGUUUCUAUUCCAUCAUCUAUGAUUAUGCUACAAAACUUCCCUGUAGAGACUGUUGUAGGAUCAUAUCUUCAUGCUGCUGUGACGAUGAAAGCAUCUAAUGGUGGCUUCUUUUUUAGUUGUAAUGCUUUUCACUCCUUCAUAAGAUGGAAAACAGGAAGUGAGUUUUUUGUUGCCGUCAAUGUGACAGAGGAUCCAUCUUUUUUAGAAAAGCCAGGAAAUAGUAAUCUCCAUAGUCAUGGUCCAGCGUGCUCAUGGGCCUAUGUAUACGCUUCUGCUUCUGGUCAGACCAUGCUGCAUGCAACACUAUCAAAGGAACUUAGCCUCUAUGAUCUUUCUUUUCAUAGAUCUAUCAUUUUGAAAGCAUCAAUAGGCAUUGCAGCAUAUUUACCGCUCACUGUGCGUCAAGUAGGUGAUGGAAACCAAUUUGGUGGGUACUGGUUUGAUUUGACUGAUGUUGGAGUAAGUAAUCAUCUAGAAAAAUUGGAAGUGCUACAUCUUGUCCCCGGAACAAGUUUGGACGUUGUUCUUCUAGGAGGACCUGAGCACUGGGAUAAAGGUGUUGACUUCAUUGAAACUGUGGAAAUAUUGGACGACAAACACAGUCAUGUUAAAGAUGGGGUACUUCCUGUGUCUGGAGGAUAUCAGAGUAUGUACAGAGUUUCGUGCCAAAGACCAGGAAAAUUUAAAUUGGUUUUUAAACGUGGGAAUAUGGUUGGGGACGACCACCCUCUUCCAGCAAUAGCAGAAGUAGUACUGUCUCUUACGUGUAGCAUUCCUUCUUCAAUUGCAGUCAUAGUUGAUGAAUCUGUUAACAGUCAUGAAGCCAUAAGGAGUGCAGUUCUUGCCGAACGUAGCAUAGGGAAUAUCCAUGGUACUCCAGUUACUGUAGCAAAUGGGCAAACUAUUCGGGUAGCUGCAGUGAGCAUUGAUAGUUCAGGAGAAGCUUUUGCAAACUCAUCUUCUCUUUCUUUGAAAUGGGAGUUGAGCAGCUGUGAAGGGUUGGCAUAUUGGGAUUAUGCAAAUGAAGCCAGGAGGUCUAAGUCAAUUUGGGAGAAGUUUUUGGUCUUGCAAAAUGAUUCAGGAGAGUGCAUAGUUCGUGCUACUGCUGUUGGCUUCUCGGAUACCAUGCAUAGUUUUCUUUCGUCCAAAUUGUCAAUUGGGGACAUGGUUCUUACAGAUGCUAUACGUUUGAAGAUAGUUUCCUCACUGAGAGUCAAUCCAGAGUUCAAUUUGUUAGUUUUUAAUCCCAAUGCUAAGGCAAAUCUAUCAAUUUCUGGGGGAAGCUGUUCCUUGGAAGCUUCCGUGAAUGUUUCAAAUGUGGUGGAAGUUAUACAAUCCCCACCAGGCCUGCAAUGCAUGCAGCGAACAAUCUCUCCUAAAGGGCUGGGGACUGCAUUGGUGACAGUUCAUGAUAUUGGGCUUGUUCCUACUGUUGCGGUUUCUUGUGUGGUCCAAGUAGCAGAAGUAGACUGGAUUAAGAUUGUAUCAGGAGAAGAAAUUAGCCUUAUGGAAGGAGAGUCAGCAUUCAUAGAUCUAAUGGCUGGGACUAGUGGGGGGAAAACUUUUGACCCUAAUCAGUUCACUUACAUGGAAAUUCAUGUAUGGAUUGAGGACGGUAUAGUUGAACUUCUGGACGACAGUGUACCAGAAACUGGUGGUGUGUAUAUUCGUGGAUCAAAGUUUAAAAUUAUUGCUAAGAAUCUAGGGAUCACAACUCUUCAUGUCACUGUCAAACAACAUUCUGGACAUGAAAUACUGAGCCAACCUAUAAAGAUAGAAGUUUAUGAACCAUUAAGAAUUCAUCCACAGGAUAUAUUCUUGGUACCAGGCUCAUCUUAUGUGCUUACUGUGAAAGGAGGCCCAACUAUUGGUGUGUAUGUUGAAUAUGUUUCUUUGGAUGAUGGAAUAGCAACUGUUGACAGAUUUUCUGGGAAGCUAUCAGCAAUUUCACCUGGAAACACAACGAUUCUCUCCACAAUUCAUGGGAAUGGAGAUGUUGUGAUGUGUCAAGCAUAUAGCAAUGUAAAAAUUGGAGUUCCUUCUUCAGCAUUAUUAAAUGUACAAAGUGAACAACUUGAUGCUGGAAAUUAUGUACCCAUAUAUCCUUCAUUUCCCGAGGGUGAUCUAUUUUCCUUUUAUGAGCUCUGCAAAAAUUAUAAGUGGACUGUAGAUGCUGAAAAGGUGUUGGGAUUCUACGAGGCAAAAGCCUUACAUGGUGAAAAGAAUUGCUUGCAAUUGAAUGAUGAUAAAGAUCUUGGUUUUACCAAACUCUUGUACGGAAGGUCUGCAGGAAGGGCAAGCAUUGCACUUACAUUCUCAUGUGAUUUUCUAUCCACUUCUUUCUCAGAGACAAGGCUUUAUGAUGCAUCCCUAUCAUUAUUGGUUGUUCCUGAUCUCCCUCUUGCUCUUGGAGUUCCAAUGACAUGGAUUCUCCCCCCUCAUUACGUUACAUCUAGUAUUUUGCCGUCAUCGCUGGAAACACAUGGUCAAUGGGAUGGUCAGAGUCAUAGAGGAACGAUUGCGUAUUCAUUGCUAAGAAGUUGUGAAAAGAAUGAUGGUUGGCACAAAGACGCAAUUUCUAUAGAUGGGGAUAGAAUAAGAACUGCGGAAAGCAACAGUCUUGCCUGCAUACAAGGCAAAGAUCGAACCACCGGAAGGAUAGAGAUUGCUUCUUGUGUAAGGGUAGCCGAGGUGGCUCAAAUAAGAAUAACAAAUAAGGAGUUUCCCUACCAGGCAAUUCAUGUUGCUGUUGGUGCUGAAUUUGAUCUUCCCAUAAGCUAUUUUGAUGUUUUAGGAAAUGCCUUCUAUGAAGCACAUGAUGUCGUUCCUUAUCAUGCUGAAACUAACUAUCAUGACAUUGUUUCUAUUGAUGACACCAAAUGUACCAGUGAGAAAAUUCAUUUGAAGGCAUUGCGAUACGGGAGAGCUCUUUUGCGAGUAUCAUUCAAGAGUAGUCCACAAAAAUCUGACUUUAUGCUGAUAUCUGUUGGUGCUCAUAUAUAUCCUCAAAAUCCUGUCCUUCAUCAUGGGACUUCCCUUGAUUUUAGUGUUGAAGGCACCGGCGAUCAAGUCUCUGGCCUUUGGCUAAGUGCUAAUGAGAGCGUCGUGUCUGUAGAUAUGCCAUCUGGAAAAGCUAAAGCAGCUGGGAGAGGUUCGACAAAAGUAAUUUUUGAAUCUUCAAGUAUGAAGCUGCAAACAGAAGUUACAGUGAUAUCGGGAAAUAUUGCUUCUGUUGAUGCUCCGAAAGAGAUGUUAACAAAUGUUCCUUACCCAACAAAAGGUUAUAGCUUCUCUGUGAAGUUCAGUGACGAUGGCAAUCAGUUUGACGCUGUUGGAACUGGUAAAGAAAUAUCAUAUGAUUGUAUGGUUGAUCCUCCUUUUGUUGGGUAUGCAAAGCCAUGGAUGGACAUUGACACGGGAAAUCACUACUGCCUCUUCUUCCCAUACUCACCAGAGCAUUUGGUACAUUCGACACCUAGAUUGAAGAACAUGAAGCCAUAUAUGUCUGUUUCAAUUAAUGCUUCUCUCAGAGAAGCCAGCCAUAUUUCUGGAUCUGCAUCGGCUCUUUUUAUUGGAGGAUUUUCUAUAUUGGAGAUGGAUAAGGACAAGAGUUUAAUGCAGUUGAAUCUGACACCAGAUGCAAACAAGAGUCUCCUAACCAUCUUGGGCAAUUCAGAUGUUGACAUCCAAUGGCAUAAACGAGAUUUGAUGAAGAUCAGUUCCAUUUAUAGAGAGGAUUUUGGUAUUGGUUGCCGUGUGCAGUAUGAGGUCAAAGUGCUAAGUCACAUGAGAUUUAAGGAUAAGAUUAUUAUCAGACUUCCGGCCAAUGAUCAAAGAGUGGAAAUAGAUGUAAACUAUGAACCUGAAGCAAGCGUCUUUUUAUCAAACUCGUUGCUGUUUAUGCUGACAUGUCUCGUCGGGCUAGUGGCAAUAAUAUUUAGCUACCGAGAUUACUGUAGGAGGCCCAACAGAACUCAGCCGUAUACAUCCCUUGCUACUCCUACUAUUGCAGCACCUCGUACACCUGAGCACAGCAGUCCCGUUUUGACUGAUCAGUCCCCUAGAACUCCUCAACCUUUUGUAGAUUACGUGAGGAGGACAAUCGAUGAAACUCCAAACUACAAGCGAGAAGCUAGGAGGAGGUUUAAUCCGCAGAACACGUACUAAUGUCUUUCACCCUUCCAUCUAACCAUGCGUGUCGUAUUGAGCAUAAUUGCAUUUGAUUGUAAGAUUUUGUUCGAAGUUUUGACCUAACAUUGUAUAAAUUAGUGGAUAGCUAUUGUAUUUUGUAACUGGUAGGAAUACGCUACUUCUUGAAUUAAAGCAGUGUGCAUUAUUCAGGAUUAAUCAUUCAACAUCAAGUCUAGAAAUCAGUUUGUAAUUCCAACUAAUGCUUAUGUUUUGUAGAAAAAAGCUGAAUUCCAAUA